AUGAAUUGGGAAGUGAAGGCAGUGGCCGGUGUCUCCACCAUCGGCUCCCUCACCGCCAUCGUGAGUUGUUUCGUGGUCCUGGCCGGAUUAUUCCAGGAAAUGGACGAUAUCGAAGCGCAGGUACGUGAUCGCAUAAAUUUGACGGCUCUCCAAAUCUCUGCUUUCUAGGUCAAUGAGUCCGUCCGAGUGUUCCAAUCGGAGACGGAUCCCGCGUGGCACGACAUGAUGGAUGUGCAGUCCUUCGUUUCGCCCCCGUCUAGAGCCCCGCGCCAUCCAUUCGAAAGUCACUUGAAGAAGAAGAGACACACUUACGGAGGACUGCCCUCUUGGUGUCAAUGCGAACCCAGCAAGCCUGUAUGCCCUCCUGGACCUCCAGGUUUGGCGUAGAAGUUUAUCACGGAAAAUAUUAUUUUGUGUUCAGGGCAGCCAGGGAGUCCGGGCGCUCCAGGAUCUCCGGGAUCACGUGGAACUCCGGGAGAAGACAACCAACAGACGUACGAGCCGAUUCAAUGCCCUCUUCCGGACCGCACUUGUAUUCGUUGCCCUGCUGGACUUCCUGGUUAUCCGGGAAGAGACGGACUUCCUGGAGAGCCAGGGCCUGAUGGGAAACCAGGAAAUCCCGGAUACAGAGGAGCCGACGGAAAACCGGGUCGUCCGGGCGAACAAGGAACGAGCGGAUUGCCGGGAAGACCUGGAGAAGACGGAAAACCGGGACUUCCGGGAAGAGAUGGAAAGAAAGGACACGGACUGCCCGGACGAAUGGGAAGGAUCGGAUAUCCUGGAAAGGAUGGACUGCCAGGAUACAACGGAAAACCAGGACGCAUUGGGUUGCCAGGACCGGCGGGGCCAGAAGGGAAACCCGGAUAUCCGGGAACACCAGGCAUCGACGGGCCUCCAGGAGAAUCAGGAUUUCCGGGCAGUCCAGGGCCGGAUGCCGGAUACUGUCAGUGUCCGAAUCGUGGAAGUGUCUACCGUAAUCCGUACCCGUACCGUUCGAAAUCAAAACUUCACAAGCAAUAA